AUGUCAUGGUCAUAUAAGAAAACACACACGAACUCAAUCACAUUCAGUGGGAUGUGAACUCCAUUUCCCAGAAUUCACUGCUGCUCCACUGUCUCCCAUGUUUAGCGGCUCGGGUUUCCAGCGGCAGGCGUGAUGAUGUCAUGAUGAAAAGCGAAGGAAACUCUGCAAUCAGAGGGAGCAGAAACCCAGACUGAGGGAUUUCAGUAAGGUCUUGUAUAAGAACCUCCUGGGGAGGCUGGAUGCCUGUGGAAUAACCCGUUAACUGGGGUGAAUCCCCUACACUCGCUACGUGUGACCAUGGAGGAUUAUGAUUACCUUUUUAAAAUCGUGCUGAUAGGAAAUGCAGGAGUGGGCAAAACCUGCCUCGUCAGACGCUUCACUCAGGGUCUGUUCCCACCUGGUCAAGGAGCCACAAUCGGGGUUGAUUUCAUGAUCAAAACUGUGGAAAUAAAAGGGGUGAAAGUAAAGCUUCAAAUCUGGGACACGGCAGGCCAAGAGAGGUUCCGCUCCAUCACACAGAGCUACUACCGCAGUGCCAACGCUCUCAUCCUCACCUACGACAUCACCUGCGAGGACUCCUUCCGCUGCCUUCCGGAGUGGCUGAGGGAGAUCGAGCAGUAUGCCAAUAACCAAGUGGUGACAAUCUUAGUUGGGAAUAAGAUUGACUUGGCUGAUAAGCGGGAGGUCCACAGACAGAGAGCAGAGGAGUUUGCUGAAGCCCAGAGCAUGCUGUACCUGGAGACAUCCGCCAAAGAAUCUGACAAUGUGGAGAAACUCUUCCUGGACCUGGCCUGCGAACUGAUCCGUGAAGCCAAGCAGAACACAUUGGACAACAACGAGGCUGCCCCCAUGCCUGGAGAAGGGAAGAACAUCAAUUACCUAAGCUGCUGCAGCAUCAACUAGAGAACUUGGCUGCAAAUCUGGCGAAGGGCUCUGGCCUCUCCCCAAGGACUACAAAAGGUGGUGGUGUUCUUGUUGACGUUCUCUGCGUAGUUGCGAUGAUUCCUCUUUACCACCACAGUUGAAGUUUAGGAUACUUCCUUAACCCUUACUUGAACCCCUGGGGUAUUUUUUUAAAAACCACUCACUGUACGUAUAGAAUGUCAAGAGGAGAUAAUAUGGAUGCUGCUGCCACUGAGGGGAACUCAAGCUCCUAAACACAUCAGGACGUAAAAAAAAAGAAAAAACAGCCUUCUUACCGAGUACUGCUAUAUGGAGUACUGACAAGGAAACCCACAGGCCAGACAAUGAGAUUUUAUGCACUUCAGUAGAAUACUAAAGAUGUGUAAGCCAAUGUGUGUAUUCUGUGACAGAUUUCAGCAAAAAUGCAGGUCUUUACCAGCAGGGACACAUCAUUCUGAAUCACAGAAAAUCUGCCACUCGUGUAAAGAGAAACCGCAGUGUGGUGCAGGGUGGAGCACUGUCAUGACUCUUAAUUCAAGCAUUAUUCAGAAUUCCCUUCCAAAACAUAAACCAGUUCAUUUAGGUUUAUGAUCGCUUGACAAUUUUAGAAUGUGCCGGAAAGGGACCAUGUUAAACAGAGUAAACAUGCUAUAAUACAUUAUGAAAUCACAUUAACACACUAAUCAUUUUUUUCCUUUGUCAAAUUACUUAAUAAAUGUACUUUAUAUAUACUCUGGUCUUAUCCCAGAACAUGACUCAGAACACUCUUGUUCUCUAGGCUCUUCUUCAUUCGGAUUUGAUUUAAGUGCAUUCUUUGGAUUCAGAGGUUUUAUUCCAGACUAGACACGCACUUAUUAGCCUCUAUUCUAACACAAGCUUAAUUCAGUCUACAGAUGCUCAGCUCAAGUUAAUGAAUUUGCUGAACUUGGAUUAAGUUGAGGUUUCCACAAGCCAAUUUUAGAUGCAAGCAGAAGUUCAAUGACCCCUAAAAGAUGCUGUAGUGCAUUUUUUUUUUAGCUUUCCCUUUGUGCACUCAAACAUCAAUUCAAAUCAGUUGUAAACACUAAAACACUGUGGAAGGUGGUUUUGUGCAUUAAUAGGCUAAUGGCCUAAUGUUAAUGUGGUGUAAAUGAAGACUAAUGCAGUGUGUAGGUUUUUGGACAGUGGUGCAAUUUUUGUACUUUUGGCUUUGUGGAUUUGGCAUAAUGGAUUUGGACUGUGAAACAAUGACCAUGAGGUUAAAAUACAGACUGCUGUAUUAAUUCAAAUGUGUGACGGAAUGUGGCCACACUGAUUAAAUUUGGCAUAAACUUCAGCUGUUUUGGAAUAGACUUAUCCACAAGGAAUAAAACAGUUAUCCUAAGAAGUGCUCUGUUACUGUAUUGUUAGGUAAGCUAAGGUACAAACAAGAGGGAACAAAAAAGACUAACCCAGGCUCUUUUUUGUUAUAUUUAAGAAGACAUUUAUACAAGUUACAGUUUAUUCCAUCUGGUGUCGUAUAGUGCCCCCAUGAGGUAGAUAAAUUGGCCUGUAGUGUGUGAAGUAAAGGUUGUUACUAUAUACAGUUCUGGAAAAAAAUACCACUUCAGUUUCUGAAUCAGGUUUUUUCUGAUUUUGCUAUUUAUAGGUAUAUAUUUGAGUAAAACGAUCAUUGUUGUUUUAUUCUAUAAACUACGGACAACAUUUCUCCCAAAUUCCAAAUAAAAAUAUUAUCAUUUAGAGCAUUUAUUUGCAGAAAAUGAGAAAUGGCUGAAAUUCAAAGCUCAAAGAAGAUGCAGAACUUUCAGACCUCAAAUAAUGCAAAGAAAACAAGUUCAUAUUCAUAAAGUUUUAAGAGUUCAGAAACCAAUAUUUGGUGGAAUAACCCUUGUUUUUAAUCACAGUUUUCAUGCAUCUUGGCAUGUUCUUCUCCACCAGUCUUACACACUGCUUUUGGAUAACUUUAUGCCACUCCUGGUGCAAAAAUUCAAGCACUUAGUUUGAUCAUAUUCCAGAGGUUUUCAAUUUGGUAAAAUCAAAGAAACUUAUCAUUUUUAAGUAGUCUCUUAUUUUUUUUUCCAGAGCUGUAUAUCGAUAUUCGGCCAAAUAAGUAAAAAGACCAGAAAAUGUAUACUAAAUAAUGACUAUGUGAAAGGGAAAAAGGGCAAUAUUCACAGUAUACUGCACAUUUUGUCAACUUGUGCAUCAUUUUGUAUCCCGAGUUUGGCACAUUAUUGGCUGUUUGUGCACAAUUGAUAGUGGUAAAAGCAGUAUUUACCAGUUUCAGACAUCACUUGAACAUAUUAUUAUACCUUAAGGUUUCUGAGUGGCAUGCACAUUUGUGAAAAUACCCUAUUUACCCAAAUAGUGCAUAUCAUGCACAGACUGUUACCCGCGUAUGGUGAGUCCAUAUAAAUACUUAUACCAUUACACUCCAUUUACAUUCAGUUUGGGUUGAGUUCAUGAUUGGUGUGAUUUGCAUUGUUGCUUUGUUGGUUUUUAAGGAGUUUAGGCCAUCAUAAAACAUUAAAUUUGUAUCAUAAUAAUCCGUACUUUACAUUGUUAAGAAUGAGAGAGACCACAGGACUAGAUGUAUGGAGAAUAUUAUCAAUCAAUGAUUGAGAAAAAUCUCUCACCUGCAGGUUGUGGGCACAGAUGUGUCACUGUGUACUAUAAAGAGAAGAAUAUACCUGCAUCACUUCAAGAUACAAUCUAGUGAUAAGCCUCAAGAACAGAAAGCCCAGGUUACAUUUUGAUUGACAGAACACAAUAUGCUUUGACUUCUGGGACAGGUGAGACUAUAAUUCAUUUGUACCAGAGUGAUGGAAAGAGGAAACGUAUUGGAGGAAAAAAACUGACAAUGAUCGUUAUCUGUGAAAUAUGGUGGAGGUAGUGCCAUGGCUUGGGCCUGUAUGGCUGUUCUGUUGCUUAUGUAUUACAGAGUAAUAUGGUUGUUAAUCAGGUUGAAUUAAACACUGAAUGCCAGCAGUUAGCAGUUUAAACUCAUGGUCAUUAGCACUGUUUAGACACAAUUAAACCUCUUUAACCUCAUUAAAUAUUCAUGGGGUCCUGGGGAAAUGUCACUUUUAAGUGUCUCUUCUGUGUUAUAUUUAUUAUCUGAGUGCACAUAUCUGUCAGCGAGUGUCUCUUAUUAGUUACUAAACACUUUGGGGUAGUUUCCCAAAGAGGAAUUAAGCCUAGACUUAACAGCAUUUUGAAUGGAGAUUUUAAAUUGAACGGAAAAAUAUAGUGGACAACUAGGCUUAAUUCCUGUCUGGAAUUUUUUUUAAUUGGAAUUUACUCUGAUUUUUAUUACAAAUUACAAUCUAGAUUUUAUAACAAUCUAAACAUGGCUUCUCUUCAAAUCCAGUAUACUGGAGAACACAGCCAAAACAACAAAAUAUUACAAUUUGCACCAUGGACUGUUUUAUAUCUUUCUGUCAUCAUUUGUUAGUAUAAAGAACCUCCUACAGUUUGCUGCAUCACCAUUUUGAUCUUGUGGUCUCUCCUUGCUAUGUUAAUUUAGGCCUGAAAUCUACUCCAUACAAGAAGUGUAUUAUAAAAUGCUUUUUUUAAUGCAACACAAGCGAAACACUAAAAAAGUGGCAAUUUACAGGCGAAUGAAAAGCAUUUCUAUUGGUAUAUUCAUUUCAAUUUAUGACACAAUUUAAAGAACACCUGCCAGAUGUGGCCAAAAUUGUCAAAGAGUGAAAAUGGUUAGUAUUUAAUCAUUAUUACCCUUUUAAUAAUCCAUAAUAUAAUUUGUGUGUGUUUGAGCAGGGAAAAUGCAGGGCUGUAGUUGUAUAAGAGUUAUGAAGUAUGGGAAUCAAGGCUAUAUAUUUGCACACUGUCCUUAAAACUGAACACACUCUGCUUCCCUUUAUUGAAAAGGUGUGUAAGAGUCUUGUUCACAUGUUUCUCUGGAUGACUCCUGAUGUAAUCUGUGGUAAACCAAGAAAGGGACUUGUGAUCAUCAAUUCUACAGAGCAUUAGCUCGAUAGAACUUGCAUCAUCAAAAUGUAACCAAUUUGCUCAGCCUGACAUGUGAGCCACACUCAUGUUUUACAUGUUUAAACAGCUAUUUAAGUCCAGCUUUAGCUCUCAUACCAGUAGUUUUAACAUAAUUCUGCCUUUAUCCCAUUUAAACCAUUUAAUAUCCGUAUAUAUUACAUUCUACAGUAUAAUGGGAAGCUUUGUUUAUUUAGUGAAGCUUUGGUACUAAACUUUUUGUCAUUUAUUCAGCACUGUUUUAAAGCGUUUGACCUGGGAGUAAGUGUGUGUGUGUGUGUGUGUGUGUGUGUGUGUGUGUGUGUGUGUGUGGAGAAUCUUGUUACAUCCGAUUGUUACAUAUUCAAUUAUUGUCAGCACAUAUAUACGGCACUUCAUCACAUCAAGCAGAGUAAUGGCAAUUGUUUCCUUUUUUCUUUUCCACAAUGUGAUGUGCUAAAGUAUGACUUUUGUAUGUUCGCUGCCCUUUUCUUGAACAGUGUUGUGCAUCUUGAUUGAGUUUGAAAAGAAAAAAAAAAUAUGGAAAGUGUACCUCCAUGUUGACUUGACUCUAUCGUAUGGUUGUUUGCACCUGUAUUACAAUGGAACUGUGAAUUACAUCUUUUAUAGACUUUUCAAAUGUUUCACUUGCUGCUAAAAAGCAUUUCAUUUUGAUUUUCUUUAACAAAAUUCAUAGAUUCAUAGAUCCUGCACAGGCCAUUUAUUGCCUUGUCUCUAAUGCCCUGUGUUACCUGUGAUAAAGGAUUCAAACAUUUUAUGUAGUAAUUCUCAACCAUCCACAAAAUGUAUGUUCCAAAUCCAUAAAUAACACAAUCUGCUAUAAAACAAAGAUAUUCCUUUUUUUUUAUUAAGCGCUAGCUUUGUUUUGCUUUUGUUUUAUUUAGUUAACAUUCAUGCCUUUUAAGCUGUUUACCCCAAUGGCCAUAUUUUCUAUUAACACAUUUAUUUCAAUGUGAUAACCUUUUCUAAUUUUGUAUAUAGACUAUUUUUUUUCUUAUAUGUUUUAUGUCGUGCCAUGCACAAUAUGCUCUUUGUCAGGUAUUUUGUCUAGCUUUAUUUCACAGACUUUUGUCAUAUUGUAACUUUUUGUUUUGUAUUACUGUGGGACUUUAGCCCUUUCUUUUAUAUGUUUAGGCCAUAAUUUCCAGAAUAGUAUUAUUAAAAGAAUACAGUUUUCUUAUUCUUAUGAUUAUAUAUAUUUUUUUCAUUUUUAAAACAAUACUUUAAAGUGAUAAAUGUCUUUACAUAUAGAGAACACAAACACCAUUCCUUAAACUGAUCAUAUUUAUUUCAGUUUAUUUUAAAUGUUCUAAUUAGUGUUGGGUAUAAUUUGUAUUAUUAUUAUAACAGUUACAUUUGUCAAAUGUUUCCUUUUUAGUGACUAUCUGAACUGUGAGAAUGAUGAAAACUGUUACUCAUGAGUUAUGUCUAAAGACCCAGACUCUGCAGUAGAACUACGGAAUUUCUUGUUUUGAGAAAAGAGAUUUUACUUUGUACAGUUAGGUCUCAGUAUCAUGUUUUUAUUAUUUCUCACUGUGUGUAGGCUGCAAGUCAAUAUAAAAACAUGUCCCAAUUAAAUAUGAAGUUAUCCCACUAA